ACCAUGUAGUAAGAAACAUCACGCAGUGAUACUCUUUGGAGGUAGGCAGGGGCCAAUAAGAUGUGUGAUUUAAUGACUAAUUUUUUUUUCCUGACAGUUUGGAUUCAAAAUACCAGAUUCAUUCCAGUGCACAGCGUUUUUUGAAGAAGAAGAGUGGCAUCCUCUCUACCGGUAUGUCAGUGGAACGGUUCCCCUCUUUGCUUCACCCAUCAUCACCGUUCCUGGUGUGAUACCCACCUCCAUAGUGACCACCAUAGAGAGACAACAUACAGUGGCAUUCAUGGGAGAUACACAAGGAAAGCUCCAUAAGUUGAACAUAGUGAACGGUUCGUCAGGCUACGUAUAUGAACAUGUCUUUCUUGGAGAUGGAUCAGUCUUACAAGAGAUGUUCCUUGAUGAAUCGAAAGAGCAGCUUACCCUUGCUACAAGUUCAGAACAAGGUUCAAAGGUUCUCACGUUAGAGUUAGUCAACUUUGGCCAGUACCAGAGCUGCGAGGAAUGCAUUGGUGAGGACGGAGGAAAUGAUGGAGACCCUUACUGUGGAUGGUGUACCCUAGAGGCGAGAUGUACAAGAUACGAGGAAUGUCCUUUCCCUGACGAGUCAGCUCGAUGGUUAUCUUACAAUGCCUUCCAGUGUGCAUCCAUCUCCGAUGUCCAGCCUGAUCACAGACUGCCUUAUCAAGACACAGAACAAGAAAUCACCAUUACCGUUCACCAGCUACCAACCCUCAAAGAAAACCAUCAAUACCGAUGUGACUUCGACUCCUACCAGAUCAAUGCUGUUACUACGGUCAAUACAGUCAUGUGCGUCUCUCCUCCUGCAAGUGAAUUGCCUACGAUUCCAGAAGAAGCGGACCACGUAACAUUGACACUUUCUAUUUUCUCAACGGAAACUGAAGUGAGCUUCUUGAGCACGGAUUUUAUAUUGUUUGACUGCACCCGUCUUAAAUCUUGUUCCUCUUGUGUAACAAGUCCUUGGCCAUGUGACUGGUGUGUUUAUGACAACAUGUGUACACAUGAUAGCAGCUCAUGUCAGCCGGAAGAAACAGUGGUGAUUGGAGAAAAUAACGCCGUAGGUUCUGGAAACAAAGGCCAGAGUUAUUGCCCUCAGCUUCUAGCGACAUCAAAACGGUUUUUCAUACCAGUCAAUAUUCCUUCUGGUUACUCACUCCUAGCAGACAAUCUCCCCACAGAGCAGACAAAGAUCCAGUCGUUUGAUUGCAUUCUUCGUAUUGAUGGAGUCGGGAUACGAGUACCUACUUCCUUCUUCAAUGAAAGUUACAUUCUCUGUACUGCUGAAGAGUACAUGUAUAAUGAGAACAUCCUAGAGAAGAAUGUAAGCAUCUCGGUUCAGUGGAAUGGGCAAUACAACAUAGAUGACCCGACAGACACAUAUGUGACCCUGUACAAGUGUUCGGUUAACGGUGGAAGUUGCAGCCGGUGCCUGUCAGAAGAAGCAACCCCGUCGCACAUGAACUGUGGUUGGUGUGGUGAUGACUGCAAUGUAAUUCAGAGUGAUGUUUGUCAGAACAAUCAGUUUUUGAAUCAGACCGAGACCCAGCUCUGUUCAGCACCAGUUAUCACUGACUUUUAUCCCUUGUCAGUUCCUAUCAAUGCCCAAACGAGACUAGAAAUUACGGGAACUGACCUAGGAGUAGAAUUUGACAACAUUCUGGAAAUUGUCAUAGGAGACUUGAUGUGCAUUCUGACUGACAUGGGCUCAUUUUAUCAGCCAGGACAGAGUGUUAGCUGCAUGACUGGUAUAUCCACUGAACUUAUCUCAGGACGCAUUGGAAUCACAGUGAGGUCUGGUGAAAGUGAUAAGACCGGAGAAAGUACGACCAAAUUAUUUUACAGGGAUCCUAUUAUAUCAGGGUUUAGUCCCACAGAGGGGCAGGUAGCAGGAGGUACAGAGAUCACAAUUACUGGGAUGUACCUCAACACAGGAAGGAACAUUGAAGCUUCAUUUGGAGAAGCACAAUGCACAAAUUUGAUUGUUGAAGAUACGACUGCGACUUGUAUCACAAGCAGCUUACACAUGAAUGAACAAGUCUCUGUGUUCUUGACUAUGACAUUUGAUGGAGUUGAAAAAACUUUCGAAGACUUCACAUUUACCUACUACCCUAACCCAAUUAUCGAUGGCAUUGACAGAACUGUGUCUAUCAUGUCAGGAGGUCUCGAUCUCAAGCUAUCAGGACAAAGAUUUGAUCUCAUCCAGGAACCCCGGAUAAUAGUUUCGUCACUGACAACAGAUGCUAGUAACUCUGAGCUGUGCAAAAGAAUGGGAGUUCAUCUCAUCUGUUCAACUCCAAGCUUUCCUGACAAUGUCCUCUCUACCAGAAAGAGACGAGCUGCACAUGACGCAAUAAAAGCAAAUUUGUCCUUUGACUUUGACGGAUACAUCAUCGAUUACGGCUUAAUGGACUACUACCCAGACCCUAUUUAUGAAAGCUUCAGUGGGCCAGACGGAAUCUAUGAAAGUGACAACAGUCGGCUGGAGAUUGCAGGGGUGAUUUUGAACUUGGCAAGCAGAAAAGAUGAUGUUCGAGUUGUGUUAAGUACUGAUGAAGUCUGUCAUGUUGAUGAUCUUGAGAUUGAUGUAUUGCGCUGCCGGCUACCAAAUGAGAAGCCUCAACCAGGAAACGUUAAUGGAACAGUAGAACCUGGACCUACCCAAGAUCUACCAGCUGUAACGGUUUUUCAUGGAAACUUGGUAUUUUACCCUGGCUACGUGAAGUACUCUACGACGCCCAUCGAUACCGGUGACAUUGUCGGUGCUGUGAUUGCGACCGCUUUGCUCAUCUUCAUCCUCGUCAUCAUCGGCGUAAUCAUCUUUAGACGAAGUCAUCAACAAAUAAACAAACAGGUCCACGAGUUUGGGAUGUUGGAGAAGAAGAUUCAAGAGCGAGUAGAAACUGCUUUUUAUGAACUACAGGCUGACAUGUCUGAAGUAGAGGAACAAGUCAGCCAUCUCGGUGUACCCUUUGUGAAUGCACUUGAUUACUCCAAGAACAUGCUCUUUGCAGGAUUGGCCGUUUUACCACCAACCACAGACCCUGAGUACAUGAACUCUGAUCUGGAGACUACAAUGAUCAUGUUCUCUCGACAACUCAGCAAUCCUGACUUCUUGAGCAAAUUCAUCAAGCAUCUUGAAGAACAAAGAAAAUCCAAGAGAGGGGAUAGAAUCAACAUCGCCUCAUUGAUUACCGCCCUCUUGGUGACUGAAGGAAAGUUUGGAUAUUUCACAGAGACGCUGUUCAAGCUCUUGGAAGAAAAUAUCGAGGAGGUAGCUGAGAGUGGUAGAGCACGGUCGCUCUUCAGGAGGACUGAGACCAUCGUUGAAAAGCUCCUCUCCAACUGGAUCUCCCUCUGCAUGUAUCAAUAUCUGAAGACGCAAGUGGCCGAACCUCUUUACCUGCUGUACCAAUCCAUCAAGAUUCAGGUUGAGAAAGGACCUAUUGAUAUCACCACUGGACAGUCUGUCUUCUCUCUUAACUUUGAAUGUCUCUUGGAAGAAGAGGUGGAAUUCAACGAAUUGACAUUGUCAGUAGUGGGUAGGGAUAGGCAGCACAAGUACUACGUCAAGGUUCUAGAUGUUGAUUGCAUAACUCAAGUCAAGCAGAAGAUACUGGACGUUGCUUACAGGAACAGCCACACUGUACAACAGAACAGAGCUCAUGAGAUGGAUCUUUUAUGGUAUCAUCCCGGUGGGCAGGAGAGAAUUCUGAAAGAUCAAGAAUUAAACAAAACCGUUGGAAACACCAAGGAUGUAUUCAUCAAUACAGUCAAGACUUACGGAGUAUAUGAUGGGUGCCAAGUAGCUCUGAUUGUCAAAUCAUCAAUGAUUGAGACAGGGGUGCAUCAACCUGUUACCCCAGGGGUACAACUCUUCCAACCAUACCAUGAAUAUGCUGGUCCGGAUGAUGUCAGUGAAAGAGACCACAUACGAAUCCAGACUAUGGAAAGUGGCGGAUCUCGGAUCAUCCACUUGGUUGCCGAGAACCAAGUACCAACACAGAGCAAAAAAUCACUGACCAAGCUGGAUCGUGAAUUCUUAGCACCGCGUUUGCUGGUUACUAAAAAAACAAUUCAGCCUCGUCUUGAUGAGUUUCUUGCCUGUGUAUUCAAGAAGCCUGCCGAGACACCACACACCAUCAAACAUCUUUUCAAUUUCUUUGAUAAGAUGGCUGAUAAGUACUGCUGUGAGAAACCCGAUGAGAUCGCUGAAGCAUGGAAAAACAAUAGUCUACCACUACACUACUGGAUGACUACACUGACGCAUCCCUCCUACGUCUUUGACAUGCGUCAGUCACGGUCUGCUGACCAGAGCGUUUCGGUCUUGGCUAACAUGCUGGACAAUGCCUGCAAGAAAAUCCGCUCAGGGAAUAUACAGGAGUCUGCUCUCAAUCGGGUCCUGUUUUACAGGGAUCUUCCGGGCCACAUCAGAACCAUCGGUGAAUACUAUGAGAACAUCAAAGGGUUGCCGCCACCAACGACAGCAGAACUUCAGGAGGAUUUCGACGGGAUCACACAGGACUUUUCUGGUCUGUUCAGUCGAGUGGUGACCCUCAACAAGCUCCACGACUUCACAUCCCAUGAUACAAGUUCUCUGUUGGGUUCCAUCACAGAGCCGAAGCCAAAUUAGAGCCUUUAUUAGUCAUCAUCGCACUUUCUAAGCUCUGGUUCACGAUACUACAUCGUGAUCACGGCUUCAAAAUGCUGUUAUUCACUGAGAUGGAAUGGCUAAAAGGCGGCAACAUUGUGUAUAGUAAAAGAUUAUAUUGAUACUCAGAUUUUUGCUCUUUAGUUUUAUUAAUGCAAAGUAAUUUAAGUUUACUGAGGUGGUGUAGAAAUGUAUGUCUUAUUACACUAAGUAAUCACAAUGUAUUCUGACAACAGAUACAAUUUUAAUUCGAGUCGUAUUUAUGUCGUAAUUUGAUAUUGUUUCAAAAAAUGUAAUGUGGUUUAUGUUUAUAUAUAUCAUACAGAUUGUAGCCUAUGUACAGUUUUGGUAA